AUGGAGUUUACUGAAUCUACAGAUUCUAGCACAGUUUCAUAUUGUUUUCCAUCUCACAAUUUGUCCUGUUCAAAGGUGGUUCGAUUGAUGCCCGAGUACAUAUCUAUGUACAUUUUCUUUGCACUGCUUUCGUUUUUUACGGUAUUUAGUAACUUGCUAGUGAUCAUUUCCAUAUGUCAUUUCAAGCAGCUUCGCACUCCAACCAACCUGCUCAUCCUCUCGCUGGCUGUGUCUGAUUUUAUGGUGGGAUUGGUUGUUAUACCUAUUGAAAGCAUUAAGCUUAUAGAGUCAUGCUGGUAUUUUGGGAAGACAUUCUGUUCCAUCUUCCAGGCCACUGUCUUCACCGUGAUCUUUGUCUCGCUCUACAAUUUGGUGUUGAUUGCUGUGGAUCAAUAUUAUGCUGUAUGUGAUCCCCUACUUUACUGCUCCAAAAUGACAACGACUAAAACCUUGUUAUUUAUUUUCCUGAUAUGGUCAUACUCGCUCAUAUACAACCUGACUCUGCUGUACUUCAAUGCUAACCUGUAUCGUUCCCAAGAACACAUGAUCUGUUAUGGAGAGUGUACAAUGGUCGUCAGCUUCACCUGGGGUGUCGUGGACCUCAUCGUUUCAUUUGUUGGCCCGUGCGCUGUCAUAAUAGGAAUGUAUGUGCAUAUUUUAAAAGUGGCACAAAGACAGGAGAAGUUGAUAAACACAGUUGUGGGACGAUUAUCAGCUGAGGAGCCAGCAAUGAUUAAGACCUCAGAAAGAAAAGCGACUAAAACACUAGGAAUCGUCCUGUUUGUUUUCAUAUCUUGCUGGAUAACCCAUUAUAUCUGCAUCCUCUCUGAGGACAGUAUAUCAAAUCCAUCUCUUGUCAUUGCAUUUCUUGUUUGGGUCAUUUAUAUCAAUUCUUUUUUGAACCCGAUUAUCUAUGCAUUUCGUUAUACAUGGUUCAGGGCCUCUGUUAAACACAUCUUAACUCUCAAGAUUCUCGAUCCUUCAUCUGUUUAUAUUAACAUUACUGCAUAA